AUGCCGAUGCCGGGGGGCGGCGGGGCCGCGGCCGCCGCCAGGCGCCCCCCGGCCGGCGAAGCGGCGGCGGCGGCGCGGGAGGAGGAGCAGGAGGAGGAGGGCGAGGAGGAUCUGCGCGACGGCGGCGUGCCGUUCUUCGUGAACCGCGGCGGGCUGCCGGUGGACGAGCCCACCUGGGAGCGGAUGUGGCGGCAUGUGGCCAGGAUCCACCCCGAGGGCGAGCGGGUGGCGCAGAGGAUCCGGGGCGCCGCCGACCUGCCCAAGAUUCCAAUACCGAGUGUGCCUGCGUUCCAGCCGUCCACCCCCAUCCCUGAGCGCCUGGAAGCUGUACAGCGCUACAUCAGGGAGCUUCAGUACAAUCACACUGGGACACAAUUCUUUGAGAUUAAGAAGAGCAGACCUCUGACUGGGCUGAUGGAUCUGGCCAAAGAAAUGACCAAAGAGGCCCUGCCAAUCAAAUGCCUGGAAGCUGUGAUCCUGGGAAUUUACCUCACCAACAACAUGACCACGCUGGACCGUUUCCCCAUCAGCUUCAAAACCCACUUCUCAGGGAACUACUUCCGACACAUUGUGCUGGGGGUGAAUUUUGGGGGCCGCUAUGGGGCACUGGGCAUCAGCCGACGUGAGGAGCUCAUGUACAAAGCACCCGUCUUCCGCACACUAAGCGAACUCAUCUUUGACUUUGAAGAGGCAUAUCGCCGCUGCUGGCACACACUCAAAAAGGUGAAGCUGGGCCACUGUGUGUCCCACGACCCACACAGCGUGGAGCAGAUCGAGUGGAAGCACUCCAUCCUGGAUCUAGACAAACUAAGCCGGGAAGACUUCCGCAAAGACCUUGAGAGGCAUGCCCGUGACAUGAGGCUGAAGAUUGGCAAAGGAACAGGGCCACCAUCUCCUACCAAGGACAGAAAGAAAGAUGUCUCCUCCCCGCAAAGAGGUCAGGCCAGUCCGCAUCGGCGCAACAGCCGCGGGGACCGACGGCCGUCUGGUGAGAAGAAGCCUACUGAUUCCAAAGCCAUGCCAGACCUCAACGGGUACCAAAUCCGGGUGUGAAGAGAGCUGUGCCUUGUGUGCCUGGCUCCACAGACUUCUUGCUGGCCACAAUUGGGACCUGCACCUGCAGCAAUUCUGACAAAGGGGAUAGGGGAGCAGGAAUGGAACAGAGUGCUGGUCUUCCCAGGUACUUCCGAGUGGGCCAGUCCCAGAGCUGGAUCCCAUGGGUCCCAUAGGGUUCACCUGCCUGUUUCUGGGAGGGGUGUCCAUCUUAAUUCACUGAAACAAGUAUUUUUUUAAAAAGAAAUAAAAAGAUCUGUACAUUUGUGGGAGUGUGCUGCAGGGAGAAUAGGAAGUGAGUGGGAUCAGCGGACUUGUUAUCAAUUUUUUUGGGUUGACAGCACAUAGAUGAAGCAUCUCAUCAACAGUACUUCUUCCCUGUCUGCACAGAAGUCUUGAGCCCAUGCAAGGCCCACAGGGCUGAGGGAGGAGUGAUGCUGGAAUGGGAUGGCCCCUGCGUCUUGUGCAAAAAUUCCUGGUUUUGUCAUUCUGCACGCUUUGUUUAGCAUUGCUCUUGUGAGAAGGCAGAAUUUGCUCAGCCUGAUGUAUUGAUCAUGCAAGGGCCUCUCAUCUGGGGUAAUCAUAACUUGUAUGUUUGAUCCUGCUUAUUUCAAAGCAUUUCAUCAACUCUGAGGUGGUAGAUGGUGGGAUAAAAAUCCUCUUCGCCCAUUGUGAUGCUGAGGAGCUGUUGCAAUAUGUCCUUUUGUGGUAAAGUGGGUAAGGAUAUGCCCAUGCCAUUGCCAUGUGAAAACAGACACAGAGAUGUCAGUCAUCUCAGCAGUGGAGGCAGAGGGAGGCAGGGGAUGGUCAGUAGCCUGAACUUUGAGUCACCUCUUCAUCGGUCUUCUAUUAACUUCUAAUGAUUGCUACUGUGAAAGCUUGUGGAAGACAUUUCAGUCACCAAGGUAUAAGUUUUAAGAGUGAAUAGCUAAAAAGGAUUUAAUGAUCUGAACAGGUUUUACAAGCAUUUUUCCUUUCCGCGAGGGUCUUUCUCCUCUCUCGCUGAUGCUAGUGCUAGAGUUACAGGCGCCUGUUGGUGGGAAGCCCUGCUCAAGGAGAUUGCCUUCCUACCACUUCAGCCUGGAGCCUCCUGAAAGUUAUUCCCUCUCCCAGUCCCAGAGCUGUGCUUGUGUUCCAGCUCUUCCAAUUGCUGCAGUAUUUAACAGCACCACUUACACUAGCCUUCCCCAAAGGGCUGGGCCGGGCCUCUCUGCCUGGUUACAGCCUUGAUUCUUCCUACCCCUCUUUUCACAGGAGUGUUGUACUACUGAUUAAGCUGUGUAAUGCUUGUCAGAAAUCUGGAGUGUUGUCAGGCCUCUCUUUUGAGGCCUAGGGCUUGGACACUGGGGUUGCCAGAAAUCAGAACAGUGUGGCCUCAAAGUGAUCUGGACACAUGGAUCCAGGGGAUGCAAAAAUUGAGCCUGGGAGUUGGUGUCCUGGAAAGAAACUAUGUCUUGUUUUAUAACAACACUGACAAGGAGCUGAACUAUCUGAAAUACUAAGUAUUUAAUUUUGUUAGAACUGGGCUUAUGCUUUCUUGUGGAUUUGUUAGAAACAUGAUGGAGCUUAGCUCCAUCAGUACUUUUUGUUGUGGUAUAGCUGUGCCAUACUCAUAUAAGCAGUGCUAUUUUGGUGGCAGAGAAUGGGAUCCUAUCCCCACACAAAUCAUCUCUUCUGUUGAGUUAAAGCAGUAUUAAUCACUGAAGCACCACCCACAAGCAAUUUAAAUGAGGCCUUACAAGUUCCUAAUUGUAAAUCCUUAAUUGUCAUAUCCAUGGAGCUAUAUCCAUGCCAUGCAGUCUGUCCUUUCAAGCUCUCUUAAUUAUCUUUAGUUUUCGGCUAUGCUGCAUGACUAGGAGGACAAUCCAAAGGGAGAUCAACAGCAAGUUAGGCUACCUAAGAUAAGGUAAUUGCAAAAGAAGCCUAUUUCCACAGUACAGUACAAUACCUGUCCCCUCCCUUGCACUCCAGCUACAUGCAAUAAUCUGAAAUUAGAUGUCAGUAGCAAGCCAAGCAGCCAUUUGAAUGCAUCCUCCGAUCAAUUUUGUGGCUGUAAACAUAUUUAGUGUCUGGAUACUAACAAUGAUGUUAGCUGUAAAGGUACUGCAGCUAACUUUAAAUAAUAUUGGUGACUUUGAAGCCAAAAACUGCCUUUGUGUACUGUUUGCUAUGCAGCAGACUGAAAGUUCAGGUGCCACUGUGAAUCUUACAAUAAAUGCAAGCAGCAAA